AGAAUUUCCAUGCUACUCCGAUGAUAUCGUUUCUCCAGAUACACCAUCUACCACUUCACUCAACCCUCAAUACACCACAGCUUCCGACUCUUCCUCCUCACCCUCCAAAACCACUACCAAAUCUGCCCAAGUGCCAAACAUAAGCGUUCCUUUCCCACCCGACCUAGACGCUCAAACACUCGUAUCUUCUCUCCUCAACAAAAAGUCCGGCUGCAUUCCCACAAAAGCACCCAACAAAUUUAUCAUUUAUCGCACAGAGUACAAGAAAGCACUCGAGGCAAAGGGAUAUCGCUACAAAAUGAAGGAAAUUUCUCCGUCCGUCGGACGUGCAUGGAGAGCCGAACCGCACUGGGUAAAGGAUUAUUACAAGCGAUUAUGGGUACAAGCAAGCAAACUGCUCAGAGAUAUCCAAAGACAGUCGCCUCGCUUUAUGGAUAGUACUUGGAUUAGCAUGAAUGAUUGCGUUGGAAUGAGUUAUGAAAAGGACACGGCAAAAAGAGAGGAUGAAACAAGAAAAGAAGAAGAGUUCGGUGAGAGUGCAAGUAAUGUCAUGACAAACGAACUUAAUAAUAAUCACACUACCAUAAACGACGUAAAUCAGCAGAAUUUAUAUUCUCCUGCUCAUUCUCUCAUCAAUACUAAUACCAUAUCGGCCACGCUCUUGCCGGAUGCUACACUAGACAAUGAUUAUUGUAUUCAUCUGCAUGGAGAGAGCAAUCCACAUGAAUGUGACGGCGCAGUGAGAUGGAUUUCUUAUGUUGUUGACGAGCAGAACGGAAAUAUGUGCGGAAUGCCCGGUAAUUUCAAUACUGUUUCGAUGUUUUCUCCUGCCCUUAUGGGGGUUGAUGAAAACCAAUUGUAUAUGCCAUUUGAUGCUACUUAUUUGAAUAAUAGUUAUUAA